AUGACUUAUCUACACGAAGGUGCCGAGCUCGUAGCAGAGUCCGGCAGGACAUAUCUGGCUGUGGACUCCCUAGGCCAGGACAAUGUCUGGAUCGGCGCUGAGAAGGGCAAGGACGACCAUGUCGUCAUAUUAAAGUCUCCAGGACCAGACGAUGCCCCUGGAGUCUGGCCAAAGUUCCAACAGGAGAUGACCAUGCACGAGCUGUUCAAAGACUGCCCGACAAUCAGAGAACAGGUCGACCGCAUCGCUCCUGAUGACUCUGGAUCGCCACCCAUCUUGGUCCUGGAAAUGAUCGCAACGACUGUCUGGAUGGCCAGGAAGAAGAGACCUUUUACCAGAUCAGAGAUCUUCGCCAUCGUCAGAGGUCUUCUGGAGAGUCUUCGAGACGUACAUGCUAAGGGCUUGGUGUAUUCCGAUAUCAAGAUGCCAAACAUAAUGCUGGGCGGCUUUGAAAACAACAACCCAUCAGACGGCAGCGAUUUGACAGUCAAACUUGGCGAUCUGGGCGAGGUCAUGUAUCCAUCGAGUGGUACUGCACAACCCAUCGCCUACCGAGCACCUGAAGUGUUUUUCAAGGGCGAGAUCGGACCGGCCUCCGACAUCUGGGCAGUCGGACUGGUACUGUCACACCUUCUGGAAGCGCAAACACACUUCUCCGAGACUGGGCUGUACAACGAUCUGUUCCACGAGGACAGUACCGCAGAUCAGUCAGCGCAGGUCUUGCGCUCCGCCAUCUCGAACGACUACGACUUGAAGAAUACCGAGUGUUAUCAGGGAUGUGCUUUACCAUUCUCGAAGGGUGCAGACCACGUCAACCGAUGGGAUGGACUGCGGGAAAGGCUUUCGCCCGCUGACGUUGCAUUUCUGGAAGAGAUCAUGAAGGCUGAUCCUCGAGAGCGGCCAACCGCUGCUAGCUUACUGCAGCAUCCAUGGUUCAAGAACAAUGAUGCUCCCUCUGACUAUGUUUCGCAAGUCGAAGCCAGCGCAGAUGACGGCAUGAAGGAUACUGAGUCUGCCCAGGGAGUCGACGGUAAUCUUCCGCAGGCGCCUCAGCAUACACUACCCAACUCGCAUGCGCCGAUCGAGUUCCAGAGCAUCAACGAAUCCAUGGCUGGGAAGGAAAUGGUUGUCGGCACUGAGCCAUCCAGGCCUACUCAAACCAUCGCAAGCGACAAAGAGAAGGCACCUCAGGAUGCUGCAAACAGCUCGUACGCUCCAAUUGAGUUCCAAAGCAUCGACGAGAGUACAAUUCGCACGAGCGUUGAAGCUAACGAUUCAAAACCAGAAGCUCAUCCAGGAAGCGACGCCAUUCCUGUCGCAGCUCCUCAACUCAGUCCAGUCAGAGCCUUCAGCCCAAUCAUAUUCCAGGACAUCCAUACUAUCGGCGUGCCCAACGACUUCUCCGACGAAGCUGUAUCGAGAAUCAGCAACGCACAGAAGCGACUAUCGGCACGCGGUGUCAAUUCUGUUCAGCUGAACAACCAGCCGCUCGUCGACAGCAAGCAUAAACGGGAAAGCAUACAUUUUCGGCCGAUCUCUGUAGGAUCAGCAUCUGGUCUGGGAGAUGCUUGA